CAGCACAGCGCGCCCUCUGCUCCCCUUUUUCGCGUAUUUGUAUAUGUGUGAUGUGGAGUGCAGAUCGGUUCGUGUGAAACGACGAGCAUUCUUCGAUUAAAAUCGCGGAACACGCGCCGAGUGUUUCGGAAUCGCUCGCCAGGAUGGUACUCAUCGCCGCUGCGGUAUGCACCAAAGCUGGGAAAACCAUAAUUUCUCGACAGUUUGUCGAAAUGACGAAGGCAAGGAUAGAAGGCCUACUUGCUGCAUUUCCAAAACUAAUGAGCUCGGGUAAGCAGCAUACGUUUGUAGAAACGGAAUCUGUCAGAUACGUUUAUCAGCCCCUUGAGAAAGUAUACAUGCUGCUUAUUACAACUAAGGCCAGCAAUAUUUUGGAAGAUUUGGAAACCUUAAGGCUCUUUGCAAGAGUGAUUCCAGAGUAUUGCAGCUCAAUGGAUGAACUUGAAAUAGCAGAGAAUGCAUUCAAUUUGAUAUUUGCAUUUGAUGAGAUAGUUGCGCUAGGCUAUAGGGAGAAUGUUAAUUUAGCACAAAUCAGAACUUUUGUGGAAAUGGAUUCACAUGAAGAAAAGGUGUAUCAAGCGGUCCGAUUGACACAGGAGCGUGAAGCUAAGAACAAAAUGCGUGAAAAGGCCAAAGAAUUGCAGAGACAAAGAAUGAUGGAAGCUAACAAAAAAGGUGGAAUUAAAAGUCCUGGAUUUGGCGGAGGAUAUGGAAGUGGUAGUACUCCAGCUACUCCAACUGUUGGUGAUACAGCUAACUUUGUGCCUGAACCGAUUAGACCUUCCUAUAAACCGAAGCAGAAACCAGUCAGUGCUGGGCCAGGUGCAAUGAAAUUGGGUGGCAAGUCACGUGAUGUGGAUUCUUUCGUCGAUCAAUUGAAAGAGGAAGGAGAAAAUGUUGUAUCAGGACCUCUUACGGCUUCCGGAACAAAAUUGGCACAAAUCACCCCUCAGAUAGUUAACACAGAAUUGGUUCACUUGAGGCAAGAAGAACGAAUUAAUAUACGCGUCGGUCGGGAUGGAGGUGUACAAAACUUUGAAUUGCAUGGCUUGGUGACUUUACAUAUCUCUGACGAGAAAUGGGCACGUAUUCGUGUACAAGUUGAAAACAGAGAUCCAAGAGGGAUACAGUUACAAACUCAUCCGAAUGUGGAUAAAGAAUUGUUUAGAACACAUGGACAGAUAGGUUUGAAAGUACCCACGAAACCAUUCCCAUUAAACACUGACGUUGGUGUGCUGAAAUGGCGUUUCCAAGUUCACGGAGAUGUAACAUUACCACUUUCAAUAAAUUGCUGGCCUUCUGAAAACGGAGAGAGUGGUUGUGAUGUGAAUAUCGAAUAUGAAUUGGAAGAGACCGAACUUGAGUUGAACGACGUUCAAAUAAACAUUCCUCUUCCUAUUGGAUGUACUCCUAUCGUCAGCGAAUAUGACGGACAGUACACACACGAAGCCCGACGAAACACAUUAGUUUGGUCCUUACCAGUAAUCGAUGCUUCAACGAAAUCAGGCUCUAUGGAAUUUUCAGCCCCUUCUUCUACGCCUGCGGACUUUUUCCCACUUCACAUUUCGUUUACAUCUAAAACGCCUUAUGCCAAAAUUAUGAUUAGCGAAGUUAAGCAUGUAGAAGACCUGACCCCAGCUAAGUUUUCAGUAGAAUCUGUGUUGUUCACUGAUAAUUAUGAAGUUGUAUAAGACAUUAUGGAUAAUAGAUGAAGUAUUUGCAGAUAUAAUAACACGAGAAUAGGCACAGUUCAGUGAGGACGCAUAAUGUUACGAUCAAUAAUCAAGAUUGACUACUAUUUGAAUUUUUAUUUUAUUGCCAUAUAGCCAUUCCUUAUGUGAUUAUUGAACAUACAUUGAUAUAUGUCAUUCGUUAUAUUUAACGUACAUUUCACAUGCUCUUUGAUAGCUGUUCGGUGCCGAAUACUUAUACAGGUUUGUAAAAAAGAAAAUAUAUUUUAAUUGGACAUGAUUUAAUUAUAAUUCAUAAAUGCAAAUUUAUCAUAUUUACUUUGUACUUGAUACAUAUAUUUUAGUAUUGCAAUAGCGCCUGCAAAGGAUUGUAUUAUUACCAAAUAUAUAUAUAUCAAAUU